AAUGAUGAUGGUUCAUAUUCUUGUUCCCAAUAACUCUCGAGCACGUGUUGGUUUCCUUUGGUGUAACACCCGCACUGCCUCUGCCUCUUUAUCUAUCUUCCUCUCCUGGUUUUGCUUUGAUCGCUACAUUUUGGGACCGUGCCCUCCGCAAAAGCAACAGUGUCCGCUGAGACCGCAAAGCCACAGAUCAAACCCAAAACCCAGAUUUCAUCAUCAACAACAACUCACUUUGCUCUUAUGGGAAAGAAGAGGCCACACUCGGAUGAUCACAACAUCCCACCCUUUUCUCCUCCCCCUCCUUCUUCGGACAUCAUUUCAUGUUCUUCAGGAAUGGAACUAUUGUCCGAAGAGAAACAUUUGCACUCGGUUGAUUCUGGUAAACAACUAAAGCCUCUGUCAUCUGUACUGGAUUCUACUGGUACUUCUUUGAAGCUACUACAUGCCCACCCUUCUGCUGCACAACAUCAUCAGAGCCUUGGCCGAUCAACGUUUUUUAAACGUUCACGUCAUUACUAUGCCCAUCAAUACUCUCGUCGUAACUUGGGCAAUGUUGUUAAUGCAUCAACUUCUCGUGGAAAAGUUACUCCUUCACGUGAAGAAAAACUCUCUUAUAAGUUAGCUACUCAAUGCAGCUCUGACUCUGGACGUCACUCAGAAAUUAAGGAUAAACCCUUUUGCCGGCCAGCCAGAAUCAGGUCUAGUUACUUGGUAAUGGAUGCUACCUCGGCUAAUCCAAUGAAGAUGUUAUGUGGGAUUUGUCAGAAGCCAUUAAGGCGCAAACCUUAUUUUCUUGGGAUCACACCGUCGUCUUCUGAAGUCUCUGUUGUGGCAGUUUUAGUUUGCGGCCAUGUUUACCAUGCUGAUUGUUUGGAGCAGAAAACAAGUUUUGAAGACAGACGCGACCCUCCCUGUCCUUUGUGUGUUGGGCUGUUGCCCAAGAUCGAAGAUUCAAGAGGGCAGGUUUAGAGAAGUUGGUAUUUGGGGGAUUUGCAAGAAUCCUUUUCAGGCUGAGCCUGGUAUCUUGAUGAGUUCAUGUCAUCUUUGGAUAAUCUCUGGCAAGUUGGCAACUUUUAUCUGCGGCCAUAUCUGUCGUGCAGACUAUUCUGAGCAUAAUACAAGUUUCAAAAAUAGUUCAAACCCUACCCUGCUCAUUGUUGUGUACAGCACGCAGUUGUAAACUUGUAAUGUGUAAAGCUGUCAACCGUGCACCAUUAAUAGCUCGAUACUGAUUAUCUAGAUUAGAAGAUCCACAACUAGAUAGAAACAUUGAAACUGUUGGUUCAGGUUCUAUUGAGUACUUACUGACUGUUAUAAAUUUCUAGCAGAUUAUAGCAACUUUCAUGCAAGUAACAAGAUCCAGCUCAUAUCAUUAUUUGGAUGCCUAUGGUUAAUAGACUUGCAAUUUUCCUGUUA